UACUCCCUGCUAAGAUCUGUCACGAAUCAAAGUCCAAGUUCAACGUCGUACAUUUCUUAAUCACAAUUUAGUAUUGUAAGUUUCAAUAUUUAGCGCUUCAGGCAAACAUAAUCUAAUUUAUAUUUUAUUCAAAAUGUUUCCUUUAUUGAGGAAUUGCCUGGUGGCAAAGCAUAAGAUCGUCAAUUUUGAAAUCCUUGUUCGUUGUUCUGGUAUUUCUGCAAGUAAGACAUAUUCUACAAAAAGUAAUAAUGGCCCAAAAAACAUUGUAUUUGUUGAUGGAGUACGGACUCCAUUUUUACAGUCUGGAACGCAAUAUAAAAAUCUCCUAGCAUAUGAUCUUGCAAGGCACUCGUUGGUGAGCUUGCAAAAGAAAAUCAACUUUCCCAAGGAGAUUGUAGAUUAUAUUGUAUAUGGUACAGUAAUGCAAGAAGUACGGACUUCUAAUAUUGGAAGAGAAGCUGCUCUAGCUGCAGGAUAUAGUGAACAUACUCCUGCACAUACAGUAACAAUGGCUUGUAUUAGUAGUAAUCAAGCUAUCACUACUGCUAUGGGCUUAAUCGCCUGUGGUGUUUAUGAUGCCAUUGUGGCAGGAGGAGUCGAGUUUAUGUCGGAUAUCCCAAUUAGGCACAGUCGACGCAUGAGAUCUUUGAUGCUGCAAGCCAACAAGGCAAAAACGUUGAUGAACAAAUUUACUCUUUUGGCUAGUAUUAGACCGGCUCAUUUCAUACCUGAUCUGCCAGCUGUAGCAGAAUUUUCAACUGGUGAAACUAUGGGACAUUGUGGAGAUCGGUUAGCAGCGGCUUUCGGCGUGACGCGUAAGGAACAGGACGAAUAUGCAUUACGUUCUCAUACUUUAGCCGCACAAGCUCAGCAACAGGGAAAUCUGUCGGAUGUGAUACCUUUUAAAGUGCAAGGUGUCGAUCAAGUUGUGGACAAAGAUAACGGUAUUCGUGUAUCUACGGAGGAGCAAAUGGCGAAAUUGAAACCAGCCUUUGUGAAACCAUAUGGUACAGUUACUGCGGCUAAUGCGUCUUUUUUGACCGACGGCGCCUCUGCGGCGUUGAUAAUGACCGAGGAAAAGGCUCUUCAACUUGGAUUGACACCUAAAGCGUAUUUACGAAAUUUUACCUAUGUGUCUCAAGAUCCGGUCGAUCAGUUACUUCUUGGUCCAGCGUACGCAAUACCAAAGGUACUGAACAAAGCAAAAUUAAGCAUGAAGGAUAUAGGAGUGUGGGAGGUACACGAAGCAUUCGCCGCACAAAUCUGCGCUAAUCUGAAAGCAUUAGAUUCAGAUUUGUUUGCACAACAAUUCCUCAAGAAGAGCGAAAAGAUCGGUAUACCCGAGCUGAACAAGUGGAACACAUGGGGUGGAUCUUUGUCACUUGGUCAUCCAUUCGCCGCUACUGGAGUACGAUUGGCAACGCAUACUGCUAAUCGACUCAUAAAGGAAGAUCAGCAAUUCGGUCUUAUUUCGGCCUGUGCUGCCGGUGGACAGGGUGUUGGAAUGAUCAUGGAAAGAUACCCUGGAGCAAAAAUCUGACCUUUAGAGAAAUGCAGGAGAUAAUAUUUAGAUAUUAGAUAUAUUUAGAUAAGAUGGAUUUUUUUCGACAAAUAGAAACAAAUUGGUUUUUUUUACUGGAAGGAGAGAGGAAAAAAUAAUUUACAAAGAAAUAUAAAUGUUUGAAACGAUUGCGAGCUUUGUAAUGCGACGACAGAUAAAGUAACUCCUGGUGAGUAUUCCUCUACAAAGUUUGCAUCCAAUACUCCUCCUGCUAAUGUUUUGUCUUGUUCAUCUGUUGAUGGUGUAUUUAUAAGAGCCACAGUACAGCCUACAGCGUAAUUCUGUAAUCAGAUAAAUAUCUUGAGUUACUUAGAGAGUUUUUACUUUUAAUUAUUCAUAAAACUUUACUUUUAAUUAUGUAAAAGUGUUUCCAUAACUACCUUAAUCGGGAUUCCAGCGUCGAUCAAUGCGAGCGUUGCUGCGUUUACAGAUGCGCAAUAAUCACUACCGUCGACUUGUAAAAUCUCUACAAA